UUUGACCCCGGAAGUAUAUUUCUCAAACGUCUGCGAGAAACCAGUGGGGAGAAUGAACGCCCCUCCGGCCUUCGAGUCCUUUUUACUCUUCGAAGGGGAGAAAAAGAUUACAAUAAAUAAAGAUACAAAAGUGCCAAAUGCUUGUCUGUUUACAAUCAACAAAGAAGAUCACACUCUUGGGAAUAUAAUCAAGUCGCAAUUGUUGAAAGACCCUCAAGUGUUAUUUGCAGGAUACAAAGUCCCCCAUCCCCUUGAACAUAAAAUAAUAAUUCGUGUUCAGACAACCCCCGAUUACAGCCCUCAAGAAGCUUUUACCAAUGCAAUCACAGAUCUCAUCAGUGAGCUUUCUCUUCUUGAGGAAAGAUUCCGGGUUGCCAUCAAAGACAAACAAGAAGGAAUUGAGUAGUAGUAAUGUUUAUCAAAUAUAUUUGUAAAUAAAAUUCAUUUUUCAAUGUAGUAGUCUACAAGAAAUGUAUUUAUGAUUACUUUGCUACAUAACAUCUAAGAAAUUUCAAUAUAGGUCAUUUACAUGAAAGUUCAAGUUGGCUUAUGAUGGCUAAUAAAUUAUACUUCUUAAUUGUUGCUCUUUUGAAGUGAUUCAUACCUUCAGCAAAAACAUAGUAAAAUAGUUGUUGAAAUUCCCUCCUGAUUUAAAACUGACAAUAUACCGUGUGCUUUCCAUUUCAAUUAGAAAUACCUCUUGAUUUUCUUUCAGGCAGUUUUUACUCUGCUUUCUCAAGAUGUGCCUUGAUAUAAUUCUUAUUUGCUUUACUGUUAAGAUAUUGCUCUUUUUAAAUUAUGCAGGCCAACUGUAUGUCUAUGUACAAUAUCUGAUUGAAAUUUUAACUAGGGGGUGGGGUAGUUUUCCAUUUCAGUAUUGGUAGAGAAGUAACUGUCUCUUGAAUUAAAUCCUAUAUUGUCUUAAGUGCAAGUAUUCUACUUGCCUCUUUCA